AUGAAAUCUCACUCAACCCUCUUACUUCUUUAUGCUAGAAAUUCGAGCUAUGAUGCGUCCCAUUCGGGAACGUUCUUCCCAAGGAUCCAUAUAGAUUCUCACUCGCGUAUAUGGACCUCCAACUACGGCGUUGUCGUGACUUUUGCAAUUGCGCUUAGUUCGUUAUCAGAGUGGGAGAGGAAGCUAGAGGGCCGAAAUUGGAGGGAUGGACAAAUAUCUCUCGAACUCUCCUCGCUCCAAUUUAACCCCUCACCUGACAUAUCUCCUUGGGUUUGGUCGGCACAGAGUACAGGUGAACCUACCAAGCUAAAAACGAAUAUGGAGUUUAGGGUCUACUUCAAAGCGGGGGUAAGGUCGAUGUACAUAGGAAGAUUUUCGGAUGCCAUAGUCCCGGUUGAUGCAACGCGUGAAGAGAGGAAUAUACAGCAGGAAACAAUACUGCAAGAAAGCUUGGGAGUGAAAUUCAACUUGGGUGCUGGGGGAGAACCUGCCAUGCGUGAAUCAUUUUCGCGUUCGGGAAAGGCGAAGAUCUUACCUUAA